AUGAGUUCGCCUAUUUUUCCCACACCGGAGACCAAUGCUUCUCCUUCCAAGCAAAUCGACUACCUCAAGUGCUUACGAGACGAUGUCGUGAACGCUCUUGUCGAAGAGGGCGAGGCAGUCGACGGUCUCGUCGGACUGGUAGACACGCUGAGCGCAGGUCUUGAGUGGGUACAAACCAACUUGCUCACAGAGGAGGAACUUGGAAUGACUGAGCCGAGUCAGCACUUGACUCGUAUCACGAAAGAAUUCGACCUGUGGGCUCUCCUCGGAUCAGUAUCGGACAUCAAGACGAUCGAUUGGGCACAGUCUGUAACGAAGGAGAAGGUUCGUAACUGCCAAUCACUCGUGGCCAACAUCGGCACUCAGCCUCAGGCUCCUCCGAGCGCUACUUCGGACAACAGUGGCUCGAGUGACGGCGGCAGCGAAGAUGAGCGGGACGACAGUGACGUCGAACAAGGUCAAGGAGCGCAGACUGGUCAGAAUGGUGGCCAGCAGGGCUCCACCGCUGCGGGUAAUGGUGGCACGCCGUUCACGUCGAGCCAGAAACAGAAUCUCUGGAUACCAAGGGCCACGGAUCGACUCUGGGGUCAUGGUGGCGUCUAUCGUGGUGUUGUGAAAGAUAAAGAUACGGCAAAGGACGAGCCCCGUCCAAACUAUCCGAACGGCGCGAACCCCGAGCAGUUUGGCCAGGGCCAUCUACCAGUCACCACAGCCGACGUUUCCCUUGGCACUUGGCUUCCAACAAGAGUCAGCGCCUUAGUUCAUGGGCUACACGGCAAGAUAAAAAGUUUCUGGCAUGGCGACGAGGCACAGGGCAUUUUCGCCAUUGCCAUUUCCGGCGACACAAUCACAACUUGGCACAUCAAGGAUCACGGUGACACGAUCAAGUUUUCCGACGCUGGAGGAGGCAAAGAUAGGUCCCGGGCUACGAAGAGAAAGGGCAGAAAGACAUCCAAGGCUACGAAGAAGAAACCAGCUCCUGCGACCGAAUCUGAGGACGAGGGCGGAGCUCAAGACACUUCGACCAGGAAAACCACAAACAUACUCUCCGGAGCAAAGAUCGCAACUCCAGAUGGAAAGACUGGCAAGGUCAAGUCCUCCGCACCUCAAUCUGGCGACAAGCGCGGUAGGAGAACGGCGGACCUUUCAGACAAUGACCAGCUCAGUGACGGAGGAGAAGGGGACCGGGCAGUUUCUGCUGGCGAAUUCAAACACAUGAAAUCGAUCUCCAAAUGUUUCCAGAAAUCCUACGAAAACAAGAAAGAAAUUCGUGUCAUGCGUGGUGGGCCGAAACGUGAAUCCGCUCCUUUCCCAAUCACGUACGAGAGGGGUUUUCGCUACGAUGGUCUCUAUGUUGUCGUUUCGCGCACUGCCAAGGACAACGGAAAGGGGGGCAAAUCAUACGUGUGGACGCUACAGAGAGAGUCGAAUCAGGCAAAGAGCUUGGACCAGAUCCAACGCUCAUCACCGACGCAAAGCCAGUUGGACGACCUGACGGCGUGCGAGAAACAGGUGGAGGCCAUGACGAGGAAUGGUUGGCCGCCGUCAGCACCUUGA